AUGAGCUGGCGGCGGCGGCUCGGCGCCAUCGCCUGGGCGGCGGCCAUGCAAGGACCAAGACCAGUGGUUCUGAGUGGCCCAUCAGGUGCAGGCAAGAGCACUUUAUUAAAGAAAUUGCUUAAAGAUUAUGAGAACAUCUUUGGCUUCAGUGUCUCCCAUACCACAAGGCAGCCAAGACCUGGAGAAGUAAAUGGCAAAGAUUAUCACUUUGUAUCCAGAGAGGAAAUGCAGAAAGAAAUUGAUGCUGGUGAAUUCAUUGAGCAUGCAGAGUUCUCUGGAAACAUGUAUGGGACAAGUAAAGGUGCAGUGCAGGCUGUUCAGGCCCAGAACCAGAUCUGUGUCCUUGACAUCGACAUCCAGGGUGUGAAGAACAUCAAGAAGACUGAGCUGAACCCCAUCUACAUCUCCGUGCAGCCCCCAUCCAUAGCCAUCUUGGAAAAAAGACUCCGUGACCGAAAGACUGAGACAGAAGAAAGUUUACAGAAACGUUUGACUGCAGCUCGUGUGGACUUGGAGCUUAGUAAAGAGCCUGGCCUGUUUGACUUGGUCAUCAUUAAUGAUGACUUAGAAAAAGCCUAUUCUGAAUUGAAGGAGGUACUCCUGGAGGAAAUCCAGAAGACCCAAGAAUCCAGGAAGUCCUGAGCUGAGGCUGCUUGGACAUUUUAACUUUGCACAUCAUUCCCAAAGCACGUUGCACCCUUUUAUUCCGAGAGACAUUCCCUCUAGCCUGAGCCUCCUCCCACGUUG